ACUCUUAUAUGACCUGAUUGUGUUGCAGGUACCGUACAACUCUGACUACAACAAACAAAGAUUGGAUUGAGACAUUCGCAGCGAGGAAGGAUCGAGGGCGGUGUAGACCUAGUGCUUCACGUCUGUACGUGUGUGGUGUUUUCAUGUGUGUGGACUGUAGAUAACCAGGACGACAAUGAUGACGAUGAUGGUGAUGAUGACGACGAUGAUGAUGAUGAUGUCUUGUGCUUUGUGAUGAGACAGUUGUAGCUUGGGUGUUGAACGUUUCAGGAGUCGGAGCAUGGAGACUUCUCCCCCUGGGAAGCAGCCGGAGCAGGCGAGUGGGCUGGAGGAGGAGGGUCCGGUACACACGGUGGAGGACGACAUCCGCUACCAGAUGGUCAAGGGCAACCAGCGACGCAGCAGCUUUGUGUCCUCGGACCAUCAGAUCCUGACCCAGAGCCAGCAGGAGAGGAAGCUCAUCGAGCGCACUGAGAGGAUGGCCUCGGCCGACUACCGCCGCCAGCAGGCCAGCCUAGUAGGUCGGCUGGAGAAGCUGCAGCACAGACAGCAGACGCUGGGUCUGGCUCCGAGGUCUCCGGGGAACGUUGCCGACAAAGCCACGCCGCCGCAGCGCCGCUUGAGUAUGCCGGCGGGGAGUCUCCACCUACACCAUCAGCAACAACAACAACAACAACACCUCAAAGUCCCCCCACACAGCGAGGACUCGUCGCCCACCUCCCCGCUCUCCCCCGCCCGCUCCCCGCGUAGACACGCCUCCUUCACGCCAGCGGCCCGCUCCCCACGAGACUCCGUGGACCACCAUGUGUCGGGGGUGGGGCGGAGGGGGAGCGGCGAGGAACGAGGAGGAGGGGGGAGUGAUGGAAAGGAAGAGAAUGAGGACAACUACAAUGACGAUGAGGAGGAGGGAGAGGGUGAUCAGUCCCCUGUCUCCGGCACGCCCCUGAGCCACUCCCAGCACAUGUUGCACCGGGCGCGCCGUAUGUCCCACGAGAUCCAGGCAGAGACAGCCAAGAUGGCGCUAGACAGACUCAACACCAUCGUGGCGGAGAGCAGACGUCGCGCCACUGUCGCUCAGCACGCCUCGCCUGAUGAUGUCAUACCGUCCAAGCGAGACCUGAUGAGGAUCCAGGCUAUGGUCAAGGAGGUCACCCACGGGGAGCAGCCGUAGUUUGGGGUUAUCAUGGUGGGGGUUUUUUGUUUUUGUUUUUUUGUAAAGUUUUUUUGUUGUUGUUAUGAUAUAAUCCAUUCUAGUUCUGGCAGGCAAGUAGCGAAGGUUUGGAGUUAGACUGGGUUUGUUUCUAUUUUUAAAAAUAAUUUUUAGUUUAUGAGGGUGCGGUGGCGGAGCGGUUAGUGCGCUCGUCUUCG